CUCUGCCCCAGAUCUUUCUGGGAGGCUGCUUCUCAGCAGCCUGGACCCGGAGGGGCCCCCUGCCGCUGGCAGAGCGAGGAGGAGUUAAAGGCAUUAACCCCUGCCACUCCCUUCCUAGAGGAGUCACCCAGCCUCGGCGGGGCGCUCCGAGACUUCGCCUUGCAGAAGUAGUGCGGGCAGCUCAGGCAGGGCUGGCUAUUGGAGUGCGCCGCCGAGGAGGGAGGGGAUCCCAGCUCUGAGAACUUUGUGAGUGUGCUGGUCUCCGUCAGUCGCCGACAGCAGCAAGAUGCGGAUCGCGCGGUGUAGACCCGGAGCCCGGCGGACGCAGCUUCGUCCGGCUUGAGCGAGGCUGCUGUUUCUCGGAGGCCUCUCCAGCCGAAAAACUAUAUAAAAAAAGCAUCGGACCUGGCCUUGGUGUAACUGAAGGCUCGCUCAACCUCGCCCUCUAGCGUUUGUCUGGAGAAGUACCACCCCGGGCUCCUGGGGACACAGUUGCGGCUAUGGUGUCCUCCACCAGCGUUCCAGUGGUUAAGGCUCUCCGCAGCCAAGUCUCCGACUAUGGCAACUAUGAUAUCAUAGUCCGGCAUUACAACUACACAGGCAAGUUGAACAUCGGAGUGGAAAAGGACCAUGGCAUUAAACUGACUUCAGUGGUGUUCAUUCUCAUCUGCUGCUUGAUCAUCCUAGAGAAUAUAUUUGUUUUGCUAACUAUUUGGAAAACCAAGAAGUUCCACCGGCCCAUGUACUAUUUCAUAGGCAACCUAGCCCUCUCGGACCUGUUAGCAGGAGUGGCUUACACAGCUAACCUGCUGUUGUCUGGGGCCACCACUUACAAGCUCACACCUGCCCAGUGGUUUCUGCGGGAAGGAAGUAUGUUUGUGGCUCUGUCUGCCUCAGUCUUCAGCCUCCUUGCUAUCGCCAUUGAGCGCUACAUCACCAUGCUGAAGAUGAAACUACACAACGGCAGCAACAGCUCACGCUCCUUUCUGCUGAUCAGUGCCUGCUGGGUCAUCUCCCUCAUCCUGGGUGGGCUGCCCAUCAUGGGCUGGAACUGCAUCAGCUCGCUGUCCAGCUGCUCCACCGUGCUCCCGCUCUACCACAAGCACUAUAUUCUCUUCUGCACCACCGUCUUCACCCUGCUCCUGCUUUCCAUCGUCAUCCUCUACUGCAGGAUCUACUCCUUGGUGAGGACUCGAAGCCGCCGCCUGACCUUCCGCAAGAACAUCUCCAAGGCCAGCCGCAGUUCCGAGAAGUCUCUGGCCUUGCUGAAGACGGUGAUCAUUGUCCUGAGUGUCUUCAUUGCCUGCUGGGCCCCUCUCUUCAUCCUACUACUUUUAGAUGUGGGGUGCAAGGCGAAGACCUGUGACAUCCUGUACAAAGCAGAGUACUUCCUGGUUCUGGCUGUGCUGAACUCAGGUACCAACCCCAUCAUCUACACUCUGACCAAUAAGGAGAUGCGCCGGGCCUUCAUCAGGAUCAUAUCUUGCUGCAAAUGCCCCAACGGAGACUCUGCUGGCAAAUUCAAGAGGCCCAUCAUCCCGGGCAUGGAAUUUAGCCGCAGCAAAUCAGACAACUCCUCCCACCCCCAGAAGGAUGAUGGGGACAACCCAGAGACCAUUAUGUCUUCUGGAAACGUCAAUUCUUCUUCUUAAAACCGGAAGCUGUUGAUACUGUCGAUUCUGACUUCAUCACUCACUACCCUAGCAUUUCAAAAACAUCUCUCUUUCUCCACUGCUGCAAGGAAGAAGCAGCCGGGAGCCUGAGAGAGGGAGGGAAGGGAGAAUGUGCGGCUUGGUGAUACCAUGUUGUAGGUAGGUUAUGAUUGUGAACAAUGCCCUGGGAAGGGUGGAGAUCAGGUCUGGCCUGCAGAGGGUUUCCUGCCCCCACCCCUUUCCCCAAUACCCCGGAGCUUUGAUUUUGCACUGAGCCAAAGGUCUAGCAUUGUCAAGCUCCCAGAGAGCUCAUCUGGCCCCUCCUCAAAGACUAAGGUCCCAAGAGAAAGUGUCCCGUGAGUUUUGAGAUGUGCUCUCUCACUGUAUGACAAAGUGAAUAUGUGCCCUCUAGCUUGGUUGGGUGGUGUGCACGUCCCCACCCUCCAUUUCUUCUCAUCCUGUCUCCCCGCCCCACCCCUUCUUCAUAUUCUUUUACUUUAUAUCUUAACUGCCUGAUCUUUGUUCAUCAGAAGGAGGUUGUAGAGGGGGUGUAUUCCUUGAUUGUCCCUAGCUAGCAGGCUGUUGACUGGGAAGACUGUUUGCUGAGGCCAAAGUUUCCAUGGAAGGUGGAUCAAGUUGUCCGGGAUUUGGUAGGCUGUCUUUAAGGUGAAAAUGUAUUGUUCCUUAUUCCUCAUGUGAUCCUUAUUUCCAUUACAACCACAUUGGACAUGUGUUUGUAAUGGAAAUAACGAAGUCUACUCUAUUUGUAAUAAUAUUGACCAGGAUCUUAGGAGAUAUGGGUAAAGGAAAAAAAUGAGGUGAAAUCUGAGGGUUACUUGUGCAAAACAAGAGCUGUUGCUUGAUGUCUUUCUCUCACCCCUACGAGCAUCUUUGGCACUUUUAUUGGUUAUUGUGUGAUCUGUGUCAACCAACUGGUUGUAUUUUGUUUAAAGAGCAGUGUCUGAUUUUCGAAUGUACUUGCUUCUUUGAGGUCAUUUUAUUGAAUUUCUUCCUAACCUGUGUUAACACCAUUGAAUGUGUAGUUCUUAAGAAAAUGCCUCCCUUUGUGCCCAAAAAAGCAUUACUUUAACUGACAGGGAACAUCAGAAAUUCUUUUCUUCAGUUGUCCUUAGGUAUUGACCCUGGGUGUAAAUGUUACAGAGAAUAAAAAUGUAUUACUGUCUUUUUAGUAUUGUUUUCAGUGCAAUUAAACCAAGAAAUAUCUUUUUUUAAAAAAAAAAUAGUAUUUAAUAGGUUGCUGACUUUGGUGUGUCAUUUUGCACAUAGCUUUAUCAACUUUUAAACAUUAAUAAACUGAUUUUUUUAAAGA